GGAGGAGGAGGCAGAGAGGGAGACGUGUCAUGACAACCGUCAGGGAGAGAUAAAGUUUCAUCUGAGACAUGGCUGAAGACCUGGAGGACACUGGCAGUGUGUUUGACCUGAAUGAGGUCCCGGAGACGGAGCUGCUGGACAACAGCAUCCAGAAGUGCCGCGCCCAGCUGUCCAUUAAAGCCAGAAGGCCCCGCCCCUCCAUGUCCCGUUACCGUGACAGUGUGAGCUCCACGGAGGGCGACGAUAGCAUCGAGAGAAAGGUGCCUCACUCUCCAGUGGACGAAGGUGCCUCAUUGGCUGCCCUCCCGAGGGGGCGGUACCAUCAGCUGACCAACGCCACCUCACAGGAGGCCCUGGCGACUCCAAGCAGUUCGCCCUCACGGUACUGCCCCUCCUCCGACUGCUCCCGAGUCUACAUGAGGAGGAGCAGGAGGCCCGACAGCGAAGUGUUGGUUUCUGAUUCGAGUCGGGACACCAGUCCGGCUGAUCCCGACAGUCCGACCGUUGUCUUCGAUAAGAAAACCAAGCGACGUUUCCUGGAUCUUGGGGUGACUCUCAGACGUUCAUACAUCAGAGUGAGGAAGGAUAAAUCCAACAGGCUCUCUGUGGGCAGCCGAGAGACGUCUGAGAGUCCGCCUCGCUCCUCCGGAUCCUUCGUCCCCUUCUCCUGGUUCACUGAGGGACGAGGAUCCGCCUCCUCCUUCAGAAGUCCCACCCCUUCCCCUAAGGUCUCCAUGACGACCAGAACCCCGACCCCUCGUAGGUCCCUCUCCCAGGAGUCGGCUCUCAGUGAAGAGUUCUCUCCACCUCUGCCUGACUCCUCCUCUUCCUGUCCUGGUGUUGACUCCUCCUCCUCCAGAUCCUCCCACCCGUACCACACACUGUCUCAGUCCUCUGAUGAGCCCUUUGAAGACUCGUCCUGUCCAGCGUCGUCGUGGACGACCCAGCAGGUCUGUCAUUGGCUUCGAGGACUCAACAUGGAGCAAUAUGUCCAAGAAUUCAGUGCGAGAGACGUUGGCGGAAAAGAGCUGCUACAGAUGGACGGCAACAAGCUAAAGGCUAUGGGUGUGGUCAGCUCCUCUGAUCGAAGCACUUUGAAACGUUGCAUCAAAGAUUUUCAAUCUGUAGUAGAGAAAGAAAGAAAAGUUCUGAGACAGAAAGAAAAACAAAGAAGAGACAACGAACAUCGUAGGAACUGACCUCCGCAACUUAGCCUGUGUCUUCGUCCUUCUGGAUUCUGUACAAAAGAGGCGACAUUGUUCAACCUUGAUCUUACGGUGUUCCUAAAGGAAAAAGAGUCCAGAGGAAACAUCAUUUGACAUAUUCAAAAUUCAGUUUUACCUCUGAUCAGCAGAUUCUGCAUUAAGCCCCGCCCCCUUUGAAAGACACCCUUUGACCACUCCCUCACCUGAUGUGGGGGCUGUUCUGCAAUGUCUUCAAGGAGGCGGGGUCUGACUGUGUGGAAGAAGCUGACUGGAUUCGAAAUGACCUCCUUAAAUCUAUUCCUAAAUGCUAUUGCUUUACCUCUGGAAAACGUGAUGGGGUCAAGGAUAGAUGGUUAGAAGAGUUCAUAAAAAAACAGUAUUUAGGGACUCCGACCCCACUCACUUAGCUACGUAGCACCAGCGGCUGUUUGUCUGAUGUUGUUACUGCAGCAGAAGUGAUUUAAUGUAAAAACGACAUUCUGUUGUCAGAUUGAAACUAAACAAUUGUUUCAGAUUGUUUUUGAUUGUUUCAGAAGUGACCUUUGACCUCUAUAGUCAAAUCCUUUCAAUAAACAUUUCUGAGAGAAACAUUUUGUGGUUAUCUUUUAACUCAAUAAGUUACUUUAAAUUAUAAAGUGAUAAGUAGAUAGUUAACUAUUUCUAAAACUUCAUUUUACACUGGUUACCCUUUGUAGCUCUGGAGACCUACAAGCUAGCUAGCUCGCUAGUCAAAAGAAAUUUGUUCUUUCGAUCCAAAACCUUGAUUUGUUUCCGGUCACAUGACACAAUGUAAUAAGUUGUCUCUGAAGCUGAAUAGAACGCACCCCAAGAUAACAAACAACAAUAUUAGGAAAAUAUGUUUAUUAUAAAAUAUUAUGAAUAGACAACAAACACAAUUCAAUAAAAUUAGUUUCUUGGUCCAACAAAUAAAUACAGUAAAUA